AUGAGCUCUUUUCGAUCAUUCAUAUGGGAUCCUACGCUAUUAAUCAGUCAAAUGUUCGCUGUUCAAACUUCCUUCUACACAGUUGAAUGUGUUUGUAUGUUAGCUUAUAGUACAAUUACAAGCUAUGAUCCUUCUGUGAGCCAUAUUUUUUCCUUGCAACCUUCGAGAAUCAUGGCCUUGAUUCAACUUAUCGGAAGUGUAUCGUGUGCUUUUGCUCUGUCUAUAAUUGUACAGAGAGCUAAGCAGUGUUUAGACUUUACCUGUACUUUACAUUUUUUCCAUCUUGUUUUUUGCAUUAUUUUUAAUGGAAGUAUCCCAACUUUCAUUUUCUGGUGGCUACUUCAAAUCGGUUCUGCGGUGAUAUGCACAGUUCUCGGAGAAUAUCUGUGUAUGGUCUCCGAGUCGAAAGAAAUCAAGCUCGGUGGAGGUCCGUCCCGCUACGAUGUUUAA